GCUGAUCCGUCACGUGGUCUGAUGUCGUGGGUCACCCUUUUGCAAAAUGGAGUUGUCUGAGUCUGUGCAGAGAGGGCUACAGUCUUUAGCAGACCAGUCCGUCUUCGACCACGGCAGCUUCCAGGUGCUGGUCGACGUGUCUUUCCGAAGUCUGCUCUCCUCUCACGGCGACCCCACAGUCCUCGGUCAGCCCGAGUUUAAGCAGAUAGACCAAAUCCUGCUGAAGCAGAGCCACACAGCUGCCGUCACCUUCAUACUGGAGGCGGUCAAACAAAACGCAGACCAGUCCACGAUAAGUUCCAGCCUUGAAGAGCUCACAUUCAGCGCAGAGAGAACAGAAAUAUUCUACAGCGCAUACCAGAAACAUAAAAAAGAUUUGGAGCGUCUUUUAGCAAGCAUAGGAAGGGGUCUACCUCACAUUACCGACGCUUCGUGGCGCCUAGAGUACCACAUGAAGAACGGGCAGGUGGAUAAAGUCAAUGAUCCUUUCUAUUUGAUAUCACUGAACACCGAGAAUGAAGGAUCCUCAGAGGACAUCAACUUUACUUGCACAGUGGAGCAGCUCCAGGAUUUGGUGGGGAAGUUGAAAGACGCUGCCAAGACUAUGGAGAAAGCCAGUCAGAUGUGAAGCUUAUGUCCACUUUCGUCCCCUUUAUACCUGCCACUGAUGUGUCACGUUUGACUGUUAUCAACCCAACAAAUGUAUUUGAAAGAAAAAUAAAAUAAAUAAAAUCUUUGUUCUUUGA